CUUUGUUGUGGCAUGGUAAUGUACUAAUGUUGAAUGAAAGCUCUCUGUCCUUUCUUUUCAUAAAAGUAUUGUUGACUUCAAAAUUGUUUUAAUGGAGCGUGAAUUACGAGAAAGAAAAGGCGACGCUAAAGAGCGUUAUCGUACAGAAUGCGAAGGUCUCCCUCAUGGCUGGAGCAGAGAAGUUGUCAUUAGGAAAUCGGGAAAUUCGGCGGGCAGAGUUGAUAUUUACUAUUACAGGUAACAUAAAUGCUGGCUCACAUUGAUUUCUUUUGCCAUUCUGUUUGAUUAAAAAGUGUUUGAAAAGGAUUACUGAUGUCUAUGGUGUAUUAAGAAAAGUUGCUUGCAUAAGGUUUUUGUAAUAAAAGCAGUAAAUAUCUACGUUUAGUACACACUGUAUAUACAUGCUGAAAGUCACGUGUGUGUUGUUAAUUGCCCAGGGCUAUCCAAAUCACAGAAUAGGAAGGUACACCAAGUAUUUGUCCGCGUUUUUACAAGUGAUUCGUCAUCAAUCACGCCAUCCUGCCUAGUACAACCGGCACUUUGUACCUACCAAAACCUGAUAAAAACUUCCGGCUGUACUAGCCAGGAUGGCGUGAGCGAGUUAAAAUUUUCGUGGAUGUAAACACCGACUCAAGUUACACUUCUGCUGUACUUUCCUAUUUUGUGUCCAAAUGUUGUGAAAAAGUUACUAGCUGAACAGAUUUUAAACCAUAUUGAUAGUUUGGACGUUCUCUGGUUUUUAAAAAUUUAUUUGAAACGAGCUUUCGACUGCCAGUCUGCAGUCUUCAACGGGAAAGUGUUUUAAAAACCAGAGAAUGUCCAAACUAUCAAUAUGAAUAAUCCUGGUUACGCUUCUACCAUUUUUAAGAUUUUAAACCAUACACAAAUUAGGAGGACUUUGCCUUCUGUUUUCACAGGGCACAAUUUGUAUAUGGUCCAAAUUUAACUGGUCUUUGUGAGGGUAAAUAGAUGCACAGAACUUUGAUAUUUGUAAAAAGGUUUCAAUUGGCUCAGCCAAUCAAAUUGCAGUUUCACAUGGGCAUGACAACGUUUUGUUCUAUGGCUGUUCAUCCAUGUAUGCAAGCAAGCAAUGACAAAUCUUAUUUUUUAUUGUACUCAAGUUUUCUUUUUUCCUUUACAAAUUCCAGUCCCUGUGGUAAAAAAUUCCGUUCAAAGCCGCAAGUUCAAGAUUUCCUGAAAGGCAAAGUUGACUUGAGAAAUUUCGACUUCAGAACGGGAACCAUGACAAAUGGAAUUAUACGGAAUAGCAGCCGAAAACGGAAAGCCGACGUAUUCACUAGAGACUUUGCCGCAGCUGGUAUAUCUCCUACCAAGAUACCGCUCAGACAGACUGCGAUUAAAUUUACUCGGCAACCCGUCACUGUCAUUAAUAAUUCACCGAUAUAUGUUUCCGGCGUUGAUAAGAAAUUUGAUAGCAAGAGUAAUGCGGGGCAACAGCCGCGACCAAUCUUUUGGGAAAAAUGUUUACAAGAUUUACAUGUUGUCGAUGAGAAUGAUAAUAACCUUGAUGAAUAUGAGUUACCGAGUCUAUUUAGACCUGUUGGACCGAAAAAGGAAUGGGGUUCGCUUGUGAAUACUCUAACAACAGAUCUCUACUUGUCGAAGAAAAAUAUUUCUGGUCAGAAUAUGUCCCUCAAAGCAUUUGAGAAAAAUCCAUGCAUUUGGUUAAAUGCUGCACAACCUCUGUGCGCCCCCUUCAAAGUGUGCGACUCGGACAUUCGUCGACAGGAGGAGAGAGUUCAGUACGUUAGAAAACGAUUGGCCGACGCAAUAGAGGAGUACGACUAUUUAAAAUCUAAGGCAUUAGGAAUGGAGAGUUAGAACUGAUUUUCAGAAUGAGAAGCUAUGUAUGUUUAUAUAAUAAGUAUGCUUUUUGUAUGUAUAAUUAUCAGAUCUUAAAACAAGGGGCUUCUACAUGUGAACAAUUAUUGUUUAGGUUUAAUAGAUAAAUGUUUAAGUGAUACUGUAAUAAAAUGUGGAAAUAUAUGUAAUGAACAGGUGAAG